AGAACUCACAUUCUAGCUAAUCAUUUAGUUGUGUCAUCAAACUUUCCUAGAAGCAAACAUGGACUUCGUCGAAAUACUAUUCUUUAUCUCUCUCAUCUGUGGCUUGAUGGCGGAGAAAAAAAUACCAGCUGGAGUCUGCGUCACGAAAAUCGUCGAUGGAAAACUCGUCCAAGUUGGAGAUUGCAAGAAAAACGAUGGAUCCGAUAUCCUCAACCUGAUCAAAAAGAAUCUCGAGGAGAAAGAAAAAGCUGAAAGUAAAUGUGGCGUCACAUACAACUCCAAAUACUUCCGAGCAGUUGUGUAUCGUGAAAACAAUGUCACCUUCAACGCAGCCGAAUCAAUCUGCAAAUCAAUGAACAACGGAAAACCUGCGAAUAUCUACGACCUUGCGCAUCUCCAGUUUCUGUUCAAAUAUCUACGUUUGCUGAUCCCUGCUGAUCAGGACAGGAUGCAGGCCUGGACUGGGAUGGAGUAUGAGAACAAUCAGCUCUUUCUGUCUACUGGAGAAGAAAUCACCAUAGCAACAGAAGGAUGGUUCCCCGGUUUUCCGCAGAAAUCCGAAUCAUACAAAAAUGUUGCUGUUGAGUUAUAUAAAGAUCCAGAGUACAGCAGCCAGGGAUUGUUCAAUUAUCCACCAUCAUUUCAUAGCAAUGCUGUCAUCUGUGAAAUAUAAAACCAGCUCAAAGCCGAACAGAACUUCGUUGACGGAUUGAAUAAAAUAAAUGACAAAACCAGUUAAAUGACUAAAAUUUCACUGUAAACUUUAUGGUUGAACUUGUUCAGAUAUCAGUUUCAUCAUCAAAAAUUUUGUUUACUUUACUAUGGCCGUCAAUUUUACAUUAGGGCUGGCCGUUUCGAAUCGAAUAUUCAAAUCGAAUUGAUUUGUUAAUUAUUCGAAUCAGUUCAAAGCAAAAUUUCGAAUCGCCGCCAUCUUGUUUUUUUGUCGUCAAUGGUCAAAGUUAAUUUCCCAAUUUUGUUUAUUGAAGCCAUAUUUUUUUAACGCAAUUCUGACAUAUCACUAUUUCCUGUAGUGAUUUAUUGAUAAAAACGUGUUUUUAUUGUGUGUGAACGCUCCUGAAUCUGUCUGAGUGAUGUAUUCUAUGUUUUCAGUAACACAUCAGUAUAUCAUAUGUUGACAGGACCAAUUACAAUAAAAACAUCGCAUACAAUUACAUAUUCCCAUAGAAUCCCAAGUAUUCGACAUUCGAUUCGAUUCGAAGAAAUAUUCGAUUCGAUUCUGAAAUCAUCAAGUAUUCGAAAAUGCCCAGCCAUAUUUUACCGGAUGCACACUAUCACUUAUUACUGGGCCACGGCUGAUUAUAUACAUGGACUAUGAACACCCCCAAAACAUAAACGAGAAUAUUGGUCAGAGACCGACGACUUAUCGAUCAAAAGUUAGGGAAUCCCCAAAACAGCGCUCUUACUUCAUAGUGACACCUUGUGUCCGAUCACUAAUUAAUUAAUAACUC